CGCUCGGCUGCGGCGUGGGCAGGAUGUGACAUCAGGGACGCCCUCGGCCCGGCGCUGCGGGCUGUCGGCCGGGGCGGGCCCGGGAGCCGUGGCUUAAAUCGCAGCCCCGGUGCUCGACUUUCACCGGGAAGGGCUGCGAGGGCUUCCCGGGCUGCCGCAGGCGCUGCGUAAUGGCCCAGUGGCAGAGCCGGGGGCCGGCUGUUUCGGGUGGCACCUGAACGAACGAGCGAGGCGACAAGGCACAGCCGCGGAGCAGGCAUCCCACAUGGGUGAGCCCGGAGCGAACCCGAGCGCCGGCAAGCUGCAGGGAGCCGCGGGCCAGCUCUCUGCCACGUCCCUGGCACAGCCCGCGAUGAGGGACUUUGUUUCAGAUUGGUCUCCUGUACACGAUGCCUCUGUUCAUGGACGUCUGCUUGCCUUGAGGAACCUCAUCCAGCAGGGCAGUGCUGUUAAUCUGCUGACAGCAGACCAGGUGUCUCCUCUCCAUGGAGCCUGCCUGGGUGGCCACGCUGCCUGUGCCAGCAUCCUGAUAAAACAUGGUGCUCAGGUGAAUGCAGUGACUGUUGACUGGCACACUCCUCUCUUCAGUGCCUGUGUCAGUGGCAGUGUGGCUUGCUUGGCUUUAUUGCUGCAGCACGGAGCCAGCCUGCACCCGCCCUGUGACUUGGCGUCCCCCAUCCAUGAGGCUGCCAAGAGAGGCCACGUGCAGUGCGUGCAGCUCCUCUGCUCGCAGGGGGUGGACAUGGACGGCAGCAUCCCGCACCUGGGCACUCCUCUCUACGUGGCCUGUCAGAGCCAGCAGGUGCAGUGUGCAAGGACACUGCUCGAGGCAGGAGCAGAUGUGAACAGUGGCAAGGGCUUGGACUCCCCUCUGCAUGCAGCUGCCAGGAGCUGCAGUGUGGAGCUGGUGACACUGCUACUGGACUUUGGAGCUGACAUGUGGGUGAAGAAUGCUGACAGCAAGAGGCCGAUGGAGCUGGUCCCUCCCAGCAGCCCUGUGGGCAGACUGCUCCUGCAGAAAGAAGGGCCUCUGUCCUUGAUGCAGCUGUGCCGCCUGUGCAUCAGGAGCUGCUUUGGGCACAAGCAGCACCAGAACAUAGCUGCGCUGCUCCUCCCGGAUGAGCUCAGGCAGUUCCUGCUCCAUGCCUAAGCCUUCCAUGCUCAAACGUGGCGCCUCGGAGCACAGCAAGGAACAUCUGCUGCUGCCUCAAACCAAAGUGUGGCUGUGACCACUCUGUUCCCCUAGCUCUCCUGGCGAUACCAACUGCCUGGCACAUGCAGGAGGAGGGGUGCCAAGGCUCUUCUGCUGCUGUCCUCUCUCCUCUCCAGCUCUGGUGCAUCUGCAUCACCUGGGAGCAGAACCACACCCCUGUGUCACCUGUGCACUGGAGAGGCAGGCCAAGCACCUCAAGGCUUUUGGAGAUCCUUGGGUUUUGCAUUGCACCGUGGAGAUUCCUGCAAGAGUGGGCUUGGUGUGCAAAAGCUGCCUUGGCAUCUCAGCAGUGAGGUACAUGGAGCUCUGGUGCUCAUCUGGGUGCAGGCACUGCCAGCCUGCGGUGCACAAACUCCUCUGGUGUUUGCUGCAGUGCUGGGCUGGGAGCUGCCAGUCUGCCUUUUGCACCCAGGACGUUGAGGAGGAUGGGCCAAAUGCUGCCUGGCUGCUGGUAUUUGGUGUCGGUUGCAGUGCAGUCUCGGCGGGGCAGCCUGGCUGCUGGCUGCAGGUAGUUUAGUUCCUUUGUGCUGACUGAACACAGCAGCAGCAAUUCUGUUUAUUUUCAGAGUCACACAAUGUCGGGGGCUGGGAGGGACCCCCAGAGGUCAUCCAGCCCAAUGCCCCUGCCAGAGCAGCAGCACCCAGGGCAGGGCACACAGGAACACAGCCAGAGCUCUAAGCACUGCAGAGGUUCUGGCUCACCUGCUGUGGGUCCCAUCCCCACUGGUGCUCAUUUUGCCACUAAACUCCAGCUAUGGCCCUCCCGCGGCUGCUGUGCCCUCUGCAGCCCUGCAGUCUGCGUGCAUGGGGGCCGGAGCAAACAACCUCAUUUCACAGCACACAUCAGGCUCUGAAGCUGCUUCAGCUGAGAGUAAAAACCUGGUGCUUGAACUACCGUUUUGGCCCCCUCAGACUUCCAUUAAAGUGCAGCUAUUCCAAUAUAACCAGGGGGAAUGAAGAGUUCUUGGUGGAAUUCUGUGCAAAUGGCUUCUGUUCUGAUUUUUUAAUCUCUUCAGCCCAUUUUCUCUCUGAGGUUGAGUUCUUCCUCCCACUAAUGCACUCACUGACUCACGUCUGUGGAGUACCUUGCUCCUGGCUCCCCUGCCUGCCUGCCUCAUUACAUGUAUUUAUUGCUGCAUUUCUCUGAAGCCAUUUCAUUAGACUCUGCUUUAUGGUUAUGGCAGGAAUUUACUGUCAGCACACAGUGCCCUUUCAUGCUCAGAGCAGCACCGAGUUCGUUCUGGCUCUUACAUUUUAUUAAUCUCUUUCAAUCACUUAAAAAUGAAUAAUAAAAAAUAAAGCAGUUAAGUUAC